AUGGUGGACCUGGAGGAUUCGAUCUUCGAGGACGCCGAUGACCAGCUGCCGGAGGAGUUCAAGCAAAUGAGCGCGGACGAGAUCAGGCGGCGGACCCGCGGGCUGGACAACGAGAUACGGGUGCUCAAGGACGAGUGCACGCGGCUGCAGCUGGACCAGAAUCAGAUGCGGGACAAGAUCAGGGAGAAUCAGGAGAAGGUGAAGCUCAACAACCAGCUGCCCUACCUGGUGGGCAACGUGGUGGAGGUGCUGGACGUGAACCCGGACGAGGAGGAGGAGGAGGACGGCGCCAACGUGGACCUGGACUCGCAGAGGAAGGGCAAGUGCGUGGUGCUCAAGACGUCCACGCGGCAGACGAUCUUCCUGCCCGUGGCGGGCCUGGUGGAUCCCAGCAAGCUGAGGCCGGCCGACCUGGUGGGGGUGAACAAGGACAGCUAUCUGAUUUUGGACACCCUGCCGGCGGAGUACGACUCGCGGGUGAAGGCAAUGGAGGUCGAUGAGAAGCCCACGGAGGACUACUCGGACAUUGGCGGCCUGAGCAAGCAGAUUCAGGAGCUGAGGGAGGCGAUCGAAUUGCCGAUCACUCACAAGGACCGGUUCAAGACGCUGGGGAUCAAGCCGCCCAAAGGGGUGUUGCUGUACGGACCUCCUGGGACAGGGAAGACCCUGAUGGCCAGGGCGUGUGCCGCACAGACAAAUGCCACGUUCCUCAAGCUGGCUGGGCCCCAGCUUGUGCAGAUGUUCAUCGGUGAUGGCGCCAAAAUGGUGCGGGAUGCCUUCGCGCUGGCCAAGGAAAAGUCGCCUUGUAUCAUAUUCAUUGAUGAGAUAGACGCGGUUGGGACGAAGAGGUUCGAUUCAGAGCUGAGCGGAGACAGAGAGGUCCAACGGACGAUGCUCGAGUUGCUGAACCAGCUGGAUGGAUUCAGCAGCGAUGAGGAGAUCAAGGUGAUUGCUGCGACCAACAGGUCGGACAUCUUGGACCCUGCUCUCAUGCGGUCAGGGCGGUUGGACAGGAAGAUCGAGCUGCCACUACCGACUGAACAGGACCGUGCCAAGAUCGUCCAAAUACAUUCCAGGAAAAUGAAUGUGUCCCCUGACGUCAACUAUGAGGAGAUUGCGGCGUCUACAGACGACUUCAACGCAGCCAUGCUGAAGGCCAUAUGUGUGGAGGCUGGUAUGCUGGCGCUCAGACGAGAUGCCGUUGAAGUGAUGCAUGAGGAUUUUGUGGAGGGCAUAAUAGUGGUGCAGGCAAAGAAGAAGGCCAAUCUCAACUACUACGCAUGA